UCUAGUUUUGUAACCACACUUGAAUUUACACAUCUACGAUUCUUGUUUCUAGAUCUACAAAGUUUCAGUCUUUUUCGUAUUGUCUUGGUUUAUAUCCUCAAAGGUUCUUCUUCUAUGGCUACCAAAAAAGUGAAAACGUCUUCUAGAGAUUCAAUCAGUACCCUACCAGAUGAUGUUUUGGGACAGAUUCUGUCUCUUCUCCCUACAAAAACUGCAGCUUCCACAACAGUUCUCUCAAAGCGAUGGAGAAAUCUGUUUCCUCUUGUUCACAACCUUGAUUUUGAUCCAUUCAUCGUAACUGGUCGCAGCAGCUACCUUGAUUUCAUGGAGAAAACCCUCGUCUUGUUACGUAAUUCUCCCAUCAAGAAAGUCUCUUUGAAAUGGAGUUCUCUACAAAACAUCAACCAUAUCAUUUACAGUGUGUUAGAAAAUGGAGUCUUGGAGCUACACUUGUCAUCAUCAGUAUGUCAAUGUCUAUUGCCUGAGUUCUUUAGCAAGAAUUUGGUUAAACUCACUCUAUCCAAUGGAUGUUAUUACCAAACCAAACUUCCUUCAGGAGGUGUUCUUUUCCCUGCACUCAAAACUCUCUCUUUGGUUUUAGUGUGUUUUCCUGCCAAUGCACCUGUUGAUUUGUAUGAGUGCCUUCUCGCUAGCCCUUUGCUUGAGGAAUUCAACAUAUGUGAUGAUCAUCCUCAUAGAGCGGGUUGGGUGAAACAGGUUUCGGGUUCAUCUAUUCGAAGGAUGUCCAUUUUUUACCGUUCUCAUAAUAUGAAAGACCAUUCAUGUUUUGUUAUUAAGACUCCCAAUCUUGUGUACCUCGAUUACUCUAGUUAUGUGGCAGAGGAUUAUGUUGUUCAGUUUGAUUCGCUUGUCGAAGCUAGACUAGAUCUUCGAUUAUGGAAGUAUUAUGAUUUUCUCCCACCAAAAGCUUUAUAUUAUGGGUAUGAUCCUUCAACGGAUGGUCCUUGGGGUGAUGCAACCAAAUUCAUUGCAGCGUUAAGGAAUGUUGUGACCCUUCACUUGUCUGCUGAUUCUCUUGAGGUGUUUUACUCCUGUUCUAUGUCUAUGCCCGAUUUCAACAACCUCGUUAAGUUAUCAUUUGAGAGCCACAAGGAACGCGGUUGGCAAGUAUUACCACUUCUGCUCAAGAAAUCUCCAAACUUAGAAACUCUAGUCAGCAAGGGUCUUGUGCAUGAGAUCACAGAUGAAUGUGGGAAUGUAUGUGUUCACAAGAAGAUAAAAACGAAGAAAAGGUGUUGUUUAUUGUCGUGUCGAGUGAAGGUGCUGAAGAUAUAUGGGUAUGGAGGAAGAUGGAGAGAAAUGCAACAGAUGAGACAUUUCAUUGAGAAUUUAAAAUGCCUUGAAGUUGUGAAAGUUAAGGUUCAAGUGGAUCAGCAAGAUAAGUUCUUACCACUCACCAAUAAACUAAUGAAGCUUCUCCCCGAAACUUCUUCCAAGUGCAAGAUCCAAUUCUUUUGAUUCUCUACAUAUUGAUUUGUCUUUACAUGUUUAGGUCUCUUGUAGUGAGCUCUUCACUCUCCAAAAACUAUCUUACUAAAUAUAUAUAUGCGGCUUUGAAUUCUAAGUAUAUUGCUCUUAAAGAUCAAA